AUGUCAAAGACGAUCUUGGUCGCUGCACCUGAGGUGUACUCGAAGCGCUUCGCGCAGGCGUUGGAGGUACACCACCUCAUCCCUAUUGCGGUUCCGGUGAUCAAGACUAUCGCGACACCGGACACGGCAGACAUGCGCACGCUUCUGGAAAAUGACCUGGACGACAUCGACUACAUCGCUUUUUGCAGCCGGUGUGCCGUUGAUUCUCUGAGCGCCGCCUUGAAGCACCGAUACGGUUGUUUCGAGGAGCUAGUAUCGGGGCGCGCCAGCAGCGCGCCCGCGGAAGACGAGGGCAAGCGGGCAACGAUUGUAGCGACGGUUCUCGCCAAGUGCACUCUGAUCGCCAUUGGAAAGGAUGCUGACUACGUUCUCGAGCGGCUGCGAAUUCUACCGGGGAUAUGCCCAGAUGAACCGAGCCCUGCUGGCAUCGCCGCAAAACUGGCGGAGAGUGGCCGCGCGGAGGGUCGCACGAUCGCCGUCCUGGCGCCGUGUGUGGGGGGCUUCGCGGAACCGGAUGUGGUGCCGCGGUUUGUGAAUCAGCUCAAGGGAAUGGGGAUGAGGGUGGUGCGAGUAGACGCGUAUGUGACGCGUCCUGUGAGUGAAGAGGCUGUCUCUGCCGCCGUGACGGCGCUGACGAGUGGCAGUGUUCACUGCGUCGCCUUCACCAGUGCUAGCGAGAUUGCUGUAUUGCUCAGCCGCUCGCCCCGGUGCCUGGCGAACAUCGACGUGGCUUGCUUUGGCCCAUACACCGCCGGCUUUGCUGCAGAGCAUGGCGUCACGGUUUCAUGUGUGGCGAAGGAUUUCAGCUCGUUUGACGGGUUCGCCGCCGCCAUCGCGCAGCAUUACGCAAGGAGAUGA